GGCACUUUUAGCCUCAUUUCCUGAUCUUAACAGCCUCACCUGCGGUGCUGUCAGAGCUGCUGGGGCAGGAAGGAAUGCAGCGGACAGGACUCGCUCUCGUGGCCUUGGCUGCCUGGGUGGCUCUUCGCCCCUCGGAAGCCAUACUUCCCAUUGCCUCCAGCUGCUGCACUGAGGUUUCACAUCAUAUUUCCAGAAGGCUUCUGGAAAGAGUGACUACAUGUAGCAUUCAGAGAGCUGACGGGGAUUGUGACUUGGCUGCUGUCAUCCUUCACAUCAAGCGCAGAAGAAUCUGUGUCAGCCCGCACAAUCACGUUAUUAAGCAGUGGAUGAAAGAACAAGCAGCCAAGAAAGAUGAUAAAGGCAACAUUUGCCAUAAGAAGAAACACCACGGCAGGAGGAACAGUAAAGGGGCACAUCAGCGGAGGCAUGAAACACAUGGCCAUAAAACUCCUUAUUAGAGAGAGUACAGAUGAAGCUACACAGAUGAGUCCUGAGUGAACUUGGCCAUGGCUGGCUAUAACUAUAUCAUGUGAAUGUUCCAACAGGGAACAGGGCAAAGCAAAAUAUAUUUUUUUAAAGGAACAAUUAUACAGAUGCAAAUGUAGCCAAUAAUAUAAUCAACUGAAAAAUGAAAUGAAGAGAGAAUACUUAUCUUCACAUAAUAUUUUAAGCGCAGCAUACAAAUCAAAUUUCUCCAACUUUUUUUAUUAUGAUGUUUUCCAAACCUACAGAGAAGUGGAAAGAAUGGUACCGUGAACAUCUGUAUGCCUUUACCUAGAUUAAUCCUUGGUAAUAUUCUGCCACAUUUGUUUUGUUCUCUAUCUU